AUGGCCACGCCGCCGGCGUACCCCCGACGCCUCAUGUACCAAGACUUGACGUCGCUGCACUCGGCUGUCGUUGGGCUCCGGGCGCUUCACACGGCCCAUCUCACGAACAUGGUUUCGGCGUACUGUUGGGCGGACCUCGACCGGCGCUGGGCACUUAGCCACACGGCCGCUCGCCAGAUGCGCUGCGAAAACUCCUACGCCUCCAACGCUGCCGUCUACUUGGAAGCGAUUCUGCGCAACGUCGAUAUGGCGGCAUGGAACGACGUGGCACGAUUCCAGCGCUCGAUCGGCGACCCGAUCGCGGCGUCCUCGGCCGCCGGACGCGCCUGGGUCAAGUCACUCUACGACGUGCCAUGGCGCUCGAUCGAGGACGAAGUCGACGUGUGGCAACGGCAUGGCUGCUCGUCGUUCACGUUGCAGUGGGCCAAUCGACUGCAAAUCGGUCUCCACGACACAGUGCUCUUGCGCAGCGCGCUCGGGCUCGACCAGCCGCUCGUGCUGCACGCGCUACCGUCGACGGCGCUGGGCAUGGCGUGGGUCUCGUCGUACUUGUUCUCGUGCCUCGACAACGCCUUUCGCGCUGCCAAGAACCGUAGUUUGGUGCGCGACACGCCGACGUUUUUCGGCCACAACGAUCCGUCCUUGAUGGAAGCCUACAACGCCGGCACGCCGUUGUCGCCUCUUUUCCAGGUAGUCCACAACGCCAUUGGACCGCUGGGGGCCAUUGAUCUCUACUGGAUCCCUGUGCCACCGCCGUUGGUCGCGGCGAUCGAGCUCUUCCGGUCGCACGUACAGACGUCGCCCGUCCGGUCGUCGCUCACGCUGCAUCCGACACCACGACGCUGGACGUCUCCCGCGCUGCGCUUUCUGAGCGGCAACCCCAUGUGCAUUCAAGGCACGCCCGUGUCAUUUGUCAUCGAGUCGUUUGGAUUCGACGACGGCUGUGCCGGCGCAACACCGCUCACGGUUGCCGUCCACGGCAUGAGCGGUCUCUUUGGGCUCUGGCUGCUUCAGGGCGAAACGAAAACGGACGAGAUCUGCGCACUCGUUCACGCCGACACGGCGUGCAAGGCGUAUCUCGCAGCGCUACUGCCAGUGCUGCACUCGCUGCCGCCACCGCCGCCGCUGGCAGUGACGCUUUCAGCCGUCAACCUGACGCUGCUCCAGUUUAUAGACACGACACGUCUUAAUACGAACCGCGCGGAACUACAGCUGGAGACGCAGUCGCUGCUCGAGCCGACGUGGGCGUUCUUUGGGUGGACCAUGAUUUACGACUGGGUGCACCUUUCACGCGAAGCCGUCUCGUUCCAAGGCGACGUGAGCACGUUCAACGUCCUCUCGGCGGCGUAUGCCCCGGUCGACGUCCUUGAGACUGGAACGACGCCGCCGUCGUGGGUGCGCUUUAUUCGCAUCGCAAACGUCAUCUUUAGCCUCGGUCUCGUGCUCGUUGGUGGUGUGGCAAUGGCGUUUCUUGGCUGUCAGCCGCACGCUGCCCGGUGGCAUCUCUUCCCCCGCAUUGCAACCAGCGUCUGGUUCAACCGCGGCUUCUUGACUCUCCGGAGCCUCACGGCCAUUGUGUGCCUCUCGACGGCACCUAUCUUUCCAAUCGUCGAUGCAACGACCCAGACAACGCAACUCGUCUUUGAGCCCCGGACUCUCGCAACGUCCUGCGUCUUGGCCAUCGAGGCGACGUGGGUGCUCUACAGCGUACACGACGCCUUGCACCCUGUAUGCGGCCGCCACACCAACACACGCGCAGCGAUCAGCUGUGCCAUUGCGUUUCUAGCAGUCGCGUGCCUCGAUGUCGCGUCGCCCGUUCGAAUACGCGCGUCGCUGAACCGGGUGUGCUCGUCCGAAGACAUGGACACGAUGAUCUACUGCGUAAGCGGCGUCGUCACCAUCGGACACAUGUCGCGCUCCCUCGUACUCGGCCUAGCGUUGUUGCUCUCGGUGCUCGUCGCGCAUCUCGUGCCGCUGCCAACUCCGAUCACGCCGUGCCAUGCGCCCAGCUUGGCCCUCCCGUUGGCGCUCGUCUCCGACGUGCGAGGAAACAACGACCGCAACGUUGCGUCGCUGGACCGCGCAACGGCGGCGAUGUGCGGCAUCUUCCAGCUGCGCCACCACGCGAUCUUUGACUCCAAGCUUUGGCGAUCUAUCCCGUCGGCGAAGCUCAAUAGGCGCGUGUUGCUACCCGACUGCGGCAGCGCGCGUCUGCGAGGACCGUCGUUGACAUCGUCGUUGACAUCGUCGUUGACAUCGUCGUUGACACCGUCGUUGACACCGACGUCGACACGCCGUGAGCGCUGCGAGCAAGUGGGCAUCGCGCUCUGCGGCCUUGGCUUCUUGGUCACGUCGCUUUUCAGUAACGUGCUGUACGUCCAGAAAGCAUCCUCGUACUUGGCCAACGACUAUGGCUGGGCCGGCUUCAACACGACGGGCGCCCGCGUGUUUGUGGCCAACGUGGUCAACGAAGCGCUGCUCUCGAUGCGCGCGUGUCGCAGCUUUGCACUCGACUCACCCAGCAUCGGCACAAUCCAUCAGCGCUACAAUGGCUCGUCGACCGAGGUCACAUGGGCCGCGUCCAUGGCCCGACGCCAGCUCUACCAACGCGAAACGCCGCUGACCGAGAUCAUUUCGGGACUUCGCACCAUGAGUCCGUGCAAUUUGCCAUUUAUGUUUACACAGUACUGCUACCUCGACUUUCACCAGACGUGGGAGAUGGCGUCGACGACGAAGCGCCAAGCACGCUGCGUCCUGCAGCGUUCGAACGGCGCAGUCUUCCUCGAAAGCGCUUUGCGCAACAUCAACGACUGGGGCGUCUGGGAGCGCUGUUGGGGCGAGGCCUUUGAGAUUGGGAUUACGGCACCGCUCGCCACAACGUUGGACGGGCAAGCGUGGCUGCAGCGCGUGCGAUCGGCGCAUGCUGUAUCGCUCGACGACGAAGUCGCGUACUGGCAGCGCCAUGGAAUCGAGUCCUUUGUACUGCAGUGGCAAAACUUCAAGACCGUCGGCAUGGUCGAUGACAUGGUGGUGACGUCCGCGCUCGGGCUCUCGUCCUCUCUUCGGCUCAGUACCUCGCGCAGCAAGCUCCAUUGGCACAAGCAGACGUCCGUCAAGAUGUACUGGUCGUUUGCGAACGAUCUCUGGGCCAUCACCUCGAACGCCACGGCGGUUCAUGGUCGAACCUUGCUGCGGGCGAGCGCCGACUUUGCCUUUUCAAAUGUGACGAGCGAAUCGCUGUUGACAUCGAACGCGACGCUCCCGGCGCCGCUGACGCGAGGCCUGGCCAUGGUUCGAGACGCCAUCGGUCCCUUCAACGCCGUCGACAUGAUCUAUGUGCCAUGCCCCGCGUCAUUGCAGCGCGUGUACCGUGACGCGACGAUGUCCUUAGCGUCCGUGCUCCUGAUGAACGCAUCGGCCCAAGCGGCGUUUUUGCACUUGUCGACCGCCGAGUACACGUACAUGCUGCCAAUCCCAUCAAGCUCGCUCAACGCGACGUCGAGCAGCGUGGGCGGCAAUCUACUCUGUGGCGACGACGUGCCGGCGUACCCGCUCUCCUUGGGCUUUGCCUGUUUCUUUGGGCCGCACAACAUGUGCCAUGCGUAUUUCAGCGAGUACAUUUCGCUUGACAUGCGUCAUUUGCUCGUGGCGCUUCUGGCGACCGACGAUCCCACCUUGGACGGCAAUGCCAUCUGCGAAAACGACGCACUCGCCCAUCCGAAUUGCCUGGCCUUCUAUGCAUCUGCGUCAUCCUUUCUAUCGACGUUCGUGCCAUCCUUGAAUCCGUCCUCGGACGCCGCCUUGGACGAUGUUGCGGCGCUCGACCUCGAGCUCAUCCAAUUUGUCGUGGACGGGAAUCGAUCGGAAACGCCGCUGCAGCUGUACCGCCACCCGCUCGUCCUCCGAUCGGAUCGACCGUGGCGCUUCUAUACGUGGGUUUACCUCGUGCAGUGGGCCGCGGGUGCCCGCGACGUCGUCUCCUUCCAAGGCGACAACGGCCGAAUGACGACACUCUCGACGCGCUCCCAGCCUCUCACAAUGACACCCGACGUGAAUGAGAUCCCGAGAUCGAUCUCGCGCCUCUUCCUCCUCGCGGUGCAGUAUGUGACAAUGGCGCUCAUGGGCGUGGGGGGGCUGGCGGCUCUCGUGACGCUACGCCACCUCACGGCAACCAACGGCCUCAAUCUCAUGGAGCUCAACCGCGUCGUGGGCCACGUUUGGAUUGGACGCUCGUGGCUGCUCGCCCGCAGCAUCUCGGCGCAGUGGCUGCUGCACACGAGCACGCUCCGCCUCGCGCAAGUCGGCGUCGGCACGCGGUUUGAAUCGCCGCCGCUCGACUGGUUUACGACCAUGCUGGCCGGCGGCGAAAGCACAUGGUUUGUCUACAUCCUCAACGACCUCCUGAGCUGUGUGUCGCGCCAAUGGACGUUUCCGUAUGCGUUCAAGAGCGCGCUGGUCGCGUGGAGUGCCACGUCAUUGUGGGUGACCCUCGUGCCAGCCACGUACGCGGCGACGCUGGACCGGCGUUGCAAAUUUGUCGAGAUGGACCUCGCGUUGACGUGCGUGAGUGCGCACGUGCAGAUUGGUGACGGCACGCGCGUCGGCAUGGGAUUUGCUCUAAGCCUCGCCGCCGUGCUCGUCUGCCUUGGCAUUGAGCGCUACCGCCUCUGCGAUUUACGGCCGCUACGUCUGACGACGACGACGCUCCUUAAUGCAACAAGUUUGCACAUGCUAAUGACGACGCCCGACGGCCUGCUGGAUGCCGCGUCCGGUAUAUUGGCCGGUCUCUUGACCCUUCGUCUUGGCGACACGCUGCAUAUCUUUGACGUCAAGUGCUGGCGCCAUGUGGCGCUCUCGGUCGACAACCUGGCGCCGGGGUUGAUUCCGCUCCGUGACGUCUGAUCGUCACGUGUCGCGGUGACGUGGCAGUGACGCCCCUGCGUUGUUUUUACGUCGAUACCUGAACCCUCCCGCGCCGGCAGGACUGGUUAACACAUCCUACG